GAAGGCUUCAGCUGGCAUCGCAACACAAGGAAGGCCUUUCCCGUCAGGGGUCCUGUGUGUCAAGAGGGAGAUGAAGCUUAGAGUCGGGAUGAAGCUGGCACUGCUGUGUCUGUGCAUUGUGCAGCUGGCCUUCGGAAGUCGUCGAAUCAACGACCGUGAAGCCGCUGCCCGCGGGGAUGUGCCGCUGAGGAAGGCCUCUCAUGGCACAGGGUCUACGAAUGAAAUCAGGGUGAGGCCUCUGUUUGCCAGGAGAGGACAUUAUGAACGACAGAGGAUUCUUGUGCCAAAGCCCAGAGGCGGUCCUGCUGCUCAAAAUGAGAUUUGUCCUCCUGCUAAAGUGAGGCCAAAUCCUGUGAAGAUCAAAUGCUCCCAGCUCGCUCAAAGCUGUUUGCCUCAGUCCGGUUGCUGUGACUCGUGUGCAACAUGCCACUGCCGCUUCUUCAAUGCCAUCUGCUUCUGUCGCAAGACAAAAUCGCAAUCUGAGAAAAACAGACAAAAGGAAACACCCCAUCACAUCACAUCAGAGACGAAAAGUCCAACACACGCUACAGGCCAUUGAUCCUGCUACAGUGGUAUCACACCAACCACUUCAAUAGUGAUAAAAUGACAGGCACAUGUCACAGUGCCAGCAUCUUGAGUCAGUAAACAGAUUUACUACAGUCUACAUGACUUUGAUACCUCGUAUGAAAGGCAGCUGC